AUGGCCGAAGUCUCAAAGUCAGAAGAGUCAAAGCUCCAAGAUGGGUUGAUUGAAACCCACUCGAUCGAAAUAGAAAAGGAUAACAAGUUGAAGAAACACUUAAAGCCAAGACAUGUGAAUUUCUUGGCUCUCGGUGGAUCUAUUGGUGUGGGACUGCUCGUCGGUAGUGGAGGUUCCCUAUCCAUUGCUGGCCCUGUCGGUAUGCUGAUUUCCUACGUAAUCAUGGGAUUCAUUACCGCCUGUACUUUGUUUUCACUGGCAGAAAUGUGCUCAUUCCUAGGAAGUGAGGGUAAUUUCGUCGAGAUGAUAACAAGGUUUGUUGAUAAGUCUGCAGGAUUCUCCUUUACUUGGUGUUAUGCUUUGAGUUAUAAUUUGACCUUACCGUCGGAGAUUUCGUCCAUUUGCUUGCUUAUUGGAUACUGGGAUACGGACAGUAAGCUGCCCAACUAUGCUAUUGUACUAAUCUUCACUUUUGUUGUUCUCAUGGUUAACGUCGUUGACGUUGGGGCAUACGGAGAAGUGGAGUUUUGGAUCACACUGAUCAAGUUGCUGCUAGUUAUUGGUAGCAUGAUUUUCUGUUUAGUGGCGACGUGUGGUGGAAAUCCUUUGCACAAGACCACAGGAUUUCAGUAUUGGAGAGAUCCCGGUCCAUUCGUGAAUUAUCUUACCGAUAAACCGGUUGGUAAAUUUUUGGGGAUCUGGAGAGUGUUCAUUAACGCAGGAUUCGGUUUCCAGGGUACAGAGGUGGUUGCGCUGACCAGUAGCGAGGUUCCAAACUUUAGAAAACUGGCACCUUCUCUGAUGAAAUCGGUGAUAGCGAGAAUUAUCAUCUUCAACGUCCUCUCUUUGUUCAUGGUUACCUUGAUGGUUUCAUCCACAGAUAAAAACCUACUUAGCGCAGUUGAUGCUGGUGCUGGAAAUGGUGCAGAGUCGCCAUUUGUCAUUGCAGUCAGAAAUGCAGGUGUCAAGGUUCUUCCAUCCAUCGUUAAUGGUGGAAUUCUCAUUGCUGCCAUGUCUGCGGCUAACACCCAAAUCUAUAUUCCAUCGAGAACUUACUAUUUUGGCGAGAUCCAUGGAUAUUGUCCUAAAUGGCUUACCAAAACUAACAGAAACGGGGUUCCUGUCUUUUCUGUGAUUUUCAAUGCGGCAUUUGGCUUGCUUGCCCUACUGACCUUGAACAGUACAGCCGAGCAAGUUUUCAACUGGCUGAUGAAUUUAACCACCGUGUUUGGGUUCCUGUGCUGGGCAAUGAUUGAUUAUGCCUUUGUCAGGUACUAUUAUGCUUUGAAGAAACAAGGAAUUGAUCGCCAAUCUCUUCCAAUCUUCCAAUCUCCUUUACAGCCGUACUCAGCUAUCUUUGCAAUUUUCAUUUUGGUUCUUAUUACGAUCACUCAAGGGUUCACCGCAUUCAUGCCAUGGGACACUCAAAACUUUUUUGCAGCCUAUGUCUCGAUUAUUAUUUAUGCUGUGUUUUGGAUUGGCUACAAGAUCUGGAAGAAAGAUUUCAAAGAAAUUCCUCUUUCUGAGAUUAAUCUUGAGUUUGAAGAAAACGUCGAGGACUCCGAAGACGAAUCGUCUUCAUUUGGCCUCAUGGAUAAGGUUUUCAGCUAA